UUAUAACGUACAUGCUUUGCUGCAUUUGAGUGAUUGUGCUGCAAAAUUUGGGCCACUACCAGGUUUUGCAGCCUUUCGAUUUGAAAAUUUUUUUCGCGAAAUAAAGGAUAAUGUAUCCAAGACACAUCAGAUUCUGGCUCAACUUCGCAAUAGAAAUGCUGAGCAAUCUUAUAUUGCACGUUCUCAAUAUCAGUCAUCUUCAUCUGCCGCGUUUGCUGAUCCACUUCCACAACACAGCCAAAGCUAUGGCUCGAAUUUCGCUUAUAAAACAUUUGCAUUUUCAAAUUUCACUAUUACAGCAGGUCGUCGGGAUGGGUGCUGUAUGCUUACUGGAAACAUUCCUGUUUCUGUGCUUGCUUUUGGAAAGCAAAAUGAUAUUGAUGGAUUCAUUGGCAAGAGGUACCUCAAUCCCAGACCAUUUUUCCUUUCUCCAAUUAACUCACUCGAUGUGGGAGUUUCUAUUGUCGAUGAGCUCAACGAAGAAACUGAAUUCUUCCCAGUCUCGCAAAUUGAGAAUAAAAUAAUUAGAAUUCCUUAUGAGGGUUCCUUUUUGCUAAUAAAUUUGCUUCAUUGCGAGACACCCAAGGAACCAAAUUCUAAUUAAUUCUCAUUUAUCACGUAAUUCAUUCAAAUUUCCUGCUUUACCUCUGAAUUCAAUUCCUCAUGAUUCCAACAGGGUUGGGCGGUUUGUUUACAUUUUUACAUUUUACGUGCUUUUUUACAUAGAAAAAAUUCCUUUCUUUACAUAAUGUUUUCUUUACAUACUUUUCAUUAAAUUUUAAUUUUACAUAAAUAAUGUAAAGAAAAGUAAUGGUACCAAAAUAUUUCAUUAAUUGAAAAAAAAUUUAAAAAAAAUUGAAUUUAAAGUUGAUUUUAUUAGCAUUAUUCAAAAUUAUUAAACAAACAGAAAGAAUUAAUUUGUUAAAGGUUCAUCUAACUUUAACUUUUAACUUUACUUUUAACAAAAGAUGAUUUCUCACCUAAGUUUUUGACCAAUCAGUAAUUUUGCAUACAUAUUAAGAAAGAAAUUUAAAACCUUUUAAAAAAAUUGACAAACUUUUUACAAAAUUAAUUUAAAGACUUAGUUAAUCAAUUAAAUUAAUUUUUAUAAUGAAAAAUCGAACUUUAGGGUUUUCCGAUCAUUUCUCCCUCAAUUAUUGUUUUUACAAAUUCUUUACAUCUUUUUUACAUUUCUGGAAACCACAUAUCUUUACAUUUUUUUUACAUGUAAAAUGUAAAAUUUACAUGAAAUUGCCCAACUCUGUGAUACCAAAUUUCAUUGAUUCAAUAUUUGAUGCUGAUAAUAAAACUUUUUUUUUCUAGUUCCAGGUCAAGAUUCCUCCGACUGAAAACCCCAAAUUGAUCCCACAUUUGCCCCAAAUUGAAAAAAAAACAUUAGCUCCUGAUGAUAAGAUUUUUAUUUUUAAGGUCCCUCCCACUGAAAUACCCCAAAUUGAUCCCACAUUUGCCCCAAAUUGAUCCCACAUUUGCCCCAAAUUGAAAAAAAAAACAUUAGCUCCUGUUGAUAAGAUUUUUAUUUUUAAGGUCCAUCCCACUGAAAUACCCCAAAUUGAUCCCACAUUUGCCCCAAAUUGAUCCCACAUUUGCCCCAAAUUGAAAAAAAAAAACAUUAGCUCCUGAUGAUAAGAUUUUUAUUUUUAAGGUCCAUCCCACUGAAAUACCCCAAAUUGAUCCCACAUUUGCCCCAAAUUGAUCCCACAUUUGAUGGUAAUGAUGAAAAAGAUUUUUUUUUAGAAUAAUAAACUGCUUACAGAUCGAUCGCAUAUAUACCUUCAAUAUCCUGAGAGAUCCUGAGAGAAAUACCUACGUCAUGGGUGACGAAAAUCUUUUAAAGAAAAUAUUGGAGCAUCUCCAACGAACCGCGGACCGAACGGAUAGAAAUGUCUAUGCGUGCUUGGCAUACCUUGAGCCCCCGGCGAAUCCCCAUUUCCCAAUCAGGAGCAUCGAAAUGCUUGAGAGAGCUUUCAACGAUUGGGAUAAUCAGGAGGAAAAGGCGAAAAUGAUUCGCGAAUUGACAUCGAUAAUUCAGCGUGACAAUUGGCUGCAGAACGUGAUAGAUGAAGACUUCAUCCGGGAUCAUUUUAACCUCAACGGUUCGGGUGGCCUUCGAAAUAUAAAGGAAGUUUCCUUUUUGAAGUACUGCACUGAUCACAAAGGUCUGGAUGGUAUGAUAAACCAGUUUCGUCGAAUUCGCGAACGUGUCAAUAGACGACGUACACGCCGCCAGCAACGAAAUGAAGCUGCUCGAGAACGGCGCCCCCCAGUACCCCCCCCAGUGGAGGAGGAGGACGCAGAAUAUGUGGAGUACGCUGAGGAGUGAGCGGUGUGGAUAAAUAAAAAAAAAAGUGAAAAAAAAGAAAAUCUUUUAUUUAACAUAUUGUAUGACUAUCAUACAACAUGUAGUAUAAAUUGUCAAUCAACACGUUAUAAAACCAUCAUACAACAUGUUAUAUGUCUGUCAAUUAACAUGUUGUAUGACUAUCAUUAGACACGUUAAUUGACAUUUGCGUGUCGUGUCUAAUUACAAUCAUACAACAUGUCCAUUGACAAUUGUACAACAGUUAAUAUAACAGUUUAAUGACAUAUUGAUUGACAUUCAUACUACGUAUUGUAUGACAGUCAUACAAAAUGUUGUAACCGGAAGUAAAACAAACUUAUAAACAUGUUGUAAGAAAGUCAUAUGACGCACAUGCAAAAUUGUCUAAUGUUGUCAUAUAACAGUCAUAUGACAAAUCAUAUGAGAUUCUGUGACGGAAGCAAUGUAAAUGUCUCUGAAAAAGUUGUACUUUGUCAGGUAGACAAAAAUCAAACAUGUCCGAUAUUUGUCCAGUAACAUACCCAACAUGUCGUAUGACAAAUAUUAACGAUAUCAUAUGACAUGCGGUAGC